AUGCUCCCCUACCUUUUUCCCGAGCUAUACUCCUUCGCCAUAGUAGACGACCUCAUCACCCACCUCCGUGCUAUGGACGCUCGCUACCGUGCCGCCCUCCCAGACGAGUUUCUCCCCAAGAACGAGCCCCCGAUUUACAUCACUCUCUACUUUAUAGUCACUCGCCUCCCUGACUCUCUUAGUGUUUUCAGGGACACUCUUCUCGCCCUUCGCCCGACAGACCUCACUAUCGACCUGCUCAAGAAGAACCUCCGUGAAACUGAGACCAACAUAGUGGUUGUAGGUGCUACUCGUGGCACUCCUCGCACGCCCUUCUUUGAGGGGUGCUCCCCCUCCCCCCUUGCCCCCUCUGCUGCUUCUGCUGCUGCUGACGACUUCCUUGGUGCUAAGGAGGUCGGUGUUGCUUCUGCUCCUAGUGGGAAGCGCCGCAGCGGCAAGGGCAAGGGAGGCAAGAGUGGUGGGAGUGGUGGCGGGGGGGGUGGUGGUGGAGGCGGUGGCGGCGGUGGAGGUGGCGGAGGUGGCGGUGGGAGUGGUGGAGGGAGUGGGGGCGUCGGUGGCGGAGGUGGUGGCAGCGGUGGGGUUGGUAGUGGUGAUGGUCGUGGCGGCAGUGGGAGUGGUGGCAGCGGUGGUUGCGGUGGAGGGAGUGGUGGCGGUGGCGGUGGUGGUGGUCGGACUGGAGCUGUUCAGCAGCAGCAGCACCAGCGUCCGCAUGACCGUGCUGGUCAGACGUGCGGGAAGUUUCACACCCAGCACCGCUGUUUCUCCCGCCUAGACGACGCUUGGCGUGCAGAGUUUGGCGAGGAGAUGGAACUUCCCCGCUGGGCAGAUCUGCUUAAAUCUGGAGUUGAUAUCUUUGCUCUUGACUUUGAUGCUAUCAUUGCUAGCAUGUAUGCAUUGACUGUUAGUGCUGAGGGUGACUGUUACUUGUGUGUGCCGCUUGACCCAGGUAUAGAGGCUGCUGCCCUAGGUGCUAGUGAGUUUGCUCUCUCUGGUACUGCGCCUGCUGAGGCCUUGCACACCUUCACGCUCGACUCAGGUGCCUCUCACUGUUUCUUUCGCGACAGUACCACAGUCACACCACUCACUAGACCCGUUGCAGUUUCCCUGGCUGACCCCUCUGGGGGCCCGGUUCUUGCACGUUCCUCCACUGUGCUCCCGUGUCCGGCGGUUCCGUCCGGCUCACUGUCAGGUCUCCACCUCCCCUCGUUCUCGACGAACUUGGUGACUAACGCAGUCCUUCAGGAUGCGGGGGUUGAUACCUUCACCCCUGGAUUGCAGCGUGUGGCGAUCUCCCACGUCUGUGGAUUGGGCCGCGAGCGAUACUUUCUGCUGGUUGUCGACGACUACUCGCGUUACACCAUGGUCUUCCCCUUGCGCAGCAAGGGGGAGGUCCCUGAUGUCUUGAUCCUUUGGAUCCGAGCUGUCCGUCUCCGACUGCGCGAGCGGUUCCGCACGGACCUCCCUGUCCUGCGUCUACACUCUGACAGAGGUGGUGAGUUCUCCUCCGACCUCUUGAGGGACUUUUGUCAGGGGGAGGGCAUCCUCCAGUCGUUCACGCUUCCGGCCUCCCCGCAGCAAAAUGGGAUUGCUGAGCGCCGCAUUGGCUUAGUCAUGGAGGUCGCUCGUACCUCCAUGAUCCACGCGGCUGCUCCCCAUUUUCUGUGGCCAUUUGCGGUCCGGUACGCCGCGCAUCAGCUCAACCUCUGGCCCCGUGUCUCCUUGCCGGAGACCUCGCCUACACUGCAUUGGACGGGGGAGGUUGGCGAUGCGUCGGUGUUCCGGGUCUGGGGUUCUCGUGCCCUCGUCCUCGAUACCUCCGCGGACAAGCUCUCCUCUCGCGCCAUUCCCUACGUCUUCCUUGGCUUUCCCCCUGACGCGCCUGGCUGGCAGUUUUACCACCCCACCUCGCGCCGUGUCUUCCCCUCUCAGGACGUCACGUUUGACGAGUCGGUCCCCUUUUACCGUCUCUUCCCCUACCGCACUGCUCCUCUCCCCCCCCCCCCCCCCCCGCCGCUCUUCCUCGCUCCAGGUGCUGCUGGGGGUGGUCCUGCUCGGGGUGCUGCGACUGGGCGUGCUGGGACUGGGGGUGUGGGGUCUGGGGAUUCUACGCCCGAGUGUGUGGGGCCUGGGGGUGCUGAGCCUAGGAGUGCUGGGCCUGGGGGUGCUGCUUUUGGGGGUGCUGAGCCUGGGGGUGCUGAGCCUAGGGGUGCUGAGCCUAGGGGUGCUGCUUCUGGGGGUGAUGAGCCUGGUGGUGCUGACCCUAGGAGUGCUGAGCCUGGUGGUGCUUCCGCACCCGCCUUCGGAGAGGAGCUGGGGCUGGAGGUACUUGCACUGGAGGCGCUGUCGCUGUCGCUACUGGAGCUGGAGGCGCUAGAGCUGGAGGUGCUGGCGCUGGAGGUGCUGGAGCUAGUGGCGCGGGAGCUGGAGGCGCUGGAGCGGGAGACACUGGCGCUAGAGGAGCUGGUGUUGGAGGUACUGGUGCUGGAGGCGCUGGCGCUAUCGAUACAGGAGCUGGAGGCGCUCGAAUUGGAGGUGCUAGCGCUGGAGGUGCUAGAGCUAGUGGUGCAGGAGUUGGAGGCGCUGGAGCUGGAGACACUGGCGCUAGAGGAGCUGGUGCUGGAGGUACUGGUGCUGGAGCCGCUGGCGCUGGAGCUACUAGAGCUGGAGGUUUUGGAGCUGGAGGUGCUGGAGCUGGAGGCCCUGUGCAGCAGCGACCGUUUUUCUUGCCGCCGCCGCAGCUGUCUGAGCUUCCACCAGAGUCGCCUCCCCUGUCCGUCGUGCUCGUCGUGUCCCGCGUCCGCGUCCUCCUCCUGUGCCAGGUACUAA